AUGAGGUCACGUUACAAACUAAUGUUCUGCCCAGUGACUUUUUGCACGGAAUCGGGCGUUUGCCGUUAUUUUAUGAUUGUUCUCUCGUCAAAUCACAAAUCGUCAUUCAAAGUCGGCGACGACAUCCAAAAGUCAUCGCACGCGCAUCGUAGUGACUUUUGGAAUUGUAUGGAUUCGAGAAUACCAAAUUUUUCGAAACCGUCAAAUUCGAAAAAAUGCUUUCCUCGUGCCCCGGCAGAGCUCGGACGGAGUGGUGCCAAGAAAAACGAUUUGCCCCUCUUUCCACCGCGUUUACACACUGUAGCAGCGAGCGUUGUCACAAAGACGAGACUAUUGGUUCCCAAAAUCCUUCGCUUGGAUCCGAAGAUAUUAAUUGAAAGUAUGACUGAAGGCAAAACUGACGAGAAACCUAUUGAAGAUGCCCAGGUGGCGACUGGUGCUGCCACGGGAGGGGAAAAGCCUGAUAGAAUCAACACAGGUGAUGAUUCUGGCGACAAAGACGACUGCUCCGAUCUUACUGACAAUAACAACCCUGAAGGCGAAGAGCAGGCUCCCAAGAGCUUUCCCCAAAAAUUGAUGGAUAUCCUUUCCAAUGAGGACAAUACGGAGAUUAUUUCCUGGCUCCCUCACGGAAAUGGUUUCAUUAUCAACAAGAAGAAGACUUUUGCCAACGACGUACUUCCCAAGUAUUUCAAGGCUAGUAAGUUCACGAGCUUCACUCGCAAAUUGAACCGCUGGGGUUUUACCCGCGUCCCUCGCGGGCCAGAGACUGGUGCCUACUUCCAUAAGCUGUUCCGCCGUGACAAGCCUGAACUCUGCUUGCAGAUGACAAGCAACUCAGGCAAUAAAUACCAAACUAGUCCAAUGCAGCAACAGCUUUUGCCGAAUGGAUCUGGUGGUGAAAAAUCCUCAGAAGCUGGCGAAGGUGCGGAUUCCAAGCCCAAGGAAGAAACCGGAGAAGAAGCGGAUGCUAGCAAAGAGCAAGAUGAGGCACAAGAGUCGAUUAUUAAACCGAAAGCUGUGGACGAGGUUUAA